UCGUGUAACAUCAUACAACUGACUUUUUAAUCAUUUCCGGUGUGUUCUUCCUCUUCCUCGUGUUUGAAAAAAAAAAUAUUUAUCGCAUACGGCAGCGCUAUAAACAGCAAGACCAGCUGAUCAUUGCUGACACGUUUAUUGCAUAUCUGCUGGUUGUUGCUUUUUUUCUACAAACUUUCAACUUAUUUAUAAUUUUGGUGACUUCGCCAGUAGAUGUAAUAAUAGCUAAAUUGUAAAUAAAUAUAGUGAAAUUAAUUAUUGAUACCAAUCAAUAUAUACAUAGUUGUUAUUGGCCAACACCAUGGAACCUGAGCAAGACGAAAACUGGUACCUCCGCCCACUCUGCGACCCGCGAACAACUAAUGCUCCUAUCAAAGUCGCACCUGCCAAAGUUGCUAUCAAGACCGAGCUGCAAGAACUGCGUCUUUCGGAAGCUUCACAAAAAAUGACAAUGGAGACACUGCGGGCAAUACAUGGCCCCGAUUUUCGUCUCAAUGACGCAUCAGUUUACGCCGAUCGCGGUAGUCAUAUGAAAAAGGCUUACUGGGAAGAUCGUGGCACAUUAGUUGUACAUAGUGUCACGAACUACUCAGCCGACAAUCAAAAGGCAGAAACGCCAGAGGACCGUUUGCGGCGUUUCGCUUUGCUAAAGUUGGAAAAUUAUGGAUUCGCGGCCUUGCAUUGUGCGGAAGCUUUUGAUCACUGCAAUGGAGACACCGAUGCUGCGUUAUUGUUGCUUUACCGUAAAUAUAUGCGUGUACUAGUUACACAAACGGAUGACGAAGCUAACGAGUUCUUGAAUAAUGAUAUAAGCAAAGAAGAUCUAUUGGAAAUGCGUAACGAUGAAAAAGCAGCCUUAGAAUCUAUUUAUGAUACAGCUUUUGAAGAAAAGGAAAAAAAUACGGUUUGGAGUUUGAAAUUCAAAAUAGACCAUUUACUAGUACACAGUCCGUCAGAGCGACGAAAACGUACUGGUAUACCCAACCCAGCAGCAAACCAAAAAGUUAAACAAACAGUCAUUGGAAAAGCGCGUUGUCGUAAUUUUGAACGCGAUGGCACAUGUCGGUUCGGCAACAAGUGCCGCUUUGCCCACAUAGCGCCUGCUAUGGAAGUAGGAGAGGGACAGCGGAAAAAGCACGAUGAUUUCCUCGAUGGUAAUGAAGAAUACAACUGGUUUUUUCUGGAAAUACGAUUUCCACCCGAUACCAAAUAUCCGUAUGAAGCGCCAUUUAUCUACCUCAAAACAACAUGCCACGAUCUACCGCGUGAUAUAUUGCUGCUUGUAGCACGUCGUUUACAUUGUGAGGCACGCAGCAUUUGCGCUGACGGUAUGGGUUGUGUUUAUAGCAUUUGCGAAGCUAUACAAAGCGAAGAGGCCUACUCACAGCUGCCGAAAGGCGAUGCCUAUCCAUUUCCUUCAGAUGCCAAAUCACUUUUCGCCAAUGAUGGCGAUGUCGAAACCACAACAAAUGGCGGCCUGCCCGAAGUACUGCCAACACACUACGAACGUGGUCAGACGUCACAUGCCGAACAACAGCGUUCCACCAAACAAACCGAAAAUGAAGAUCGUGUGCUGCUGCGAAAAUUUCUACAACGACAGGAAGAUGAAAGAUACCGCAAAAUGAUGUUAGGACGUCGUAAUUUGCCAGCUUUCGAGAAAAUGCUUGAAAUACUGGAUUUAAUAGAGAAAUCGCAGGUCAUUGUGAUAUCAGGCGAGACCGGCUGUGGCAAGUCCACACAAAUACCGCAAUUCAUACUCGACAAUUGGCUAUUUCAAGCAUCCAAACUAAAAGAUUCCAAUAAAAUACCACACGUCGAAGUAGUGUGCACGCAACCACGACGCUUGUCAGCGAUAGGUGUGGCUGAGCGUGUUGCCGAUGAGCGCACCGAACGUGUGGGUCAAACGGUGGGCUACCAAAUACGUCUAGAAAAUAAAAUUUCAUCUACCACACGUCUAACCUUCUGCACCACCGGUAUACUCUUGCGACGACUCACUGCCGAUCCGCUGCUAAGUACCGUUUCGCAUGUCAUUGUCGACGAGGUGCACGAAAGAAGUGAAGAAUCCGAUUUUCUACUUAUGAUACUUAAAGACCUGCUCAAACAACGACCCGAACUUAAAGUGAUACUCAUGUCCGCCACUCUAAAUGCCAAAUUGUUUUCAGAAUAUUUUGGUGGUGCGCCAGUGUUGGAUAUACCUGGACGCACAUUCCACGUCGAGCAAUUAUUUCUCGAAGAUAUUCUGGAAGUAUGUGAUUAUGUAAUGGAAUGUGAUUCACAAUUUUGUCGUAAAAUAACCAAAAAGGAAGAGGAAGAGCUAAUGCGUGAAUUAGAAUACUCGGAUGUAAAGUCGGAAGCGGCCGAGCCGGCCAGGAGCAUAAAAGAUGACAAGCUUACGUUGGCGCAAAUGUAUGGACGCUAUAGUGAUUAUUCGAAGAAACUUGCAAACAUCUACCUCAUGGAGCCGAUGAAAAUCAAUCCCGAAUUAGUGGAAUCUGUGCUCAAAUACAUUGUGGAAGGGAGCACAACUGGCCCAAAGAAGCCAAUAUUGGUAUUCUACCGGUCUACAAGAAAUCAAACCGUGCAUGAAGCGCUCGGCGAUAGCGCACUCUUGGAAACAGUCUUUCUCUGCAGAAACGGUAACUUUAUCGUCAUACCGCUACACUCACUCUCCAGUGAAGAACAAGCGUAUUUUCGACCAGCACCGAAAGGUAAACGAAAAAUCGUGCUUAGCACUAAUAUUGCCGAGACUUCGCUCACCAUCGACGACUGCGUGUUCGUUGUUGACUACGGUUUGAUGAAAGAGAAGCGUUUCGAUGCUAAUCGUAACAUGGAGUCACUGGAGUUAGUGUGGGUGUCACGCGCUAACGCACUGCAACGCAAAGGACGUGCCGGACGCGUCAUGCCAGGCGUUUGUAUACAUCUCUAUACGGGUCAUCGUUUCCGCCACAAUUUCCUAGCACAACCCGUGCCAGAAAUACAUCGUGUACCAUUGGAACAGCUGGUGUUGCAUAAAACCUUACCUUGCUUCAGCGCCAAGAAUACGCUGGAGGUGUUGGGGCGUACACUGGAACCGCCCACCGAAGAAAAUAUACUUUCGGCUGUGCGACGUUUACAGGAUGUCGGUGCUUUAGAUGAGACGCAAGACUUGACAGCGUUGGGUCACCAUUUGUCAGCGUUGCCGGUCGAUGUGCGUAUCGGCAAACUCAUGUUGUAUGGCGCCAUUUUCCAGUGUUUGGACAGUGUGCUGACAAUAGCGGCGUGUUUGAGUCACAAAUCGCCCUUUGUUAGUCCAUUUAAUAAACGCGCCGAAGCAGAGAAGCGCAAACGAUUUGCUAUAUGCAAUAGCGACCACUUGACUAUGUUAUUGGCGUAUAAGAAAUGGUUGGAAGUGUCGCGCCGCACCUUCUACGCCAGUCGCAAUUACGCCGAUGAGCACUUUCUCUCACAAACACUGGAAACCAUUUCUGAGGUAAAAUAUCAAUUCCUGGAAUUGCUAGUCUCAAUUGGUUUGCCCAUGAACAUACCGCGCAAGCAAAACGCCAGCGAUAAUAUACUCGAUUUAACUGUGGCGGACCUGAACGUGAAUGGUGACAAUAAUCGUUUGCUCAUAUCGUUGCUUUACGCCGCGCUCUAUCCAAACAGUAAGGUGCUCACACCCGAACGCAGCUACAUAUCGACUGUCGGCGGUGCAAUGGCCAAAAUGCAUGCGGAAGAUUUGCGCUUCAAAACACGUCAAGACGGCUUCGUCGCCAUUCACCCAUCGUCGGUGAACGCGAGGGGCAGCUUUCAAUCGCCGUUCCUCAUCUAUCAGGAAAAGUGAAAACAUCGCGUAUUAUUCAUACGUGAGUGCUCUAUGUUGCCGCUGGUGCCGUUGGUGUUAUUGCUGGUAGUAUUUAAAAUCGAAUUACAUGGUGGCGAUUUUGUAUUUCUGCUAGAAGAGGAUUGGAUCAUAUUAAAGGCGCAUACGCAUGAAACGGCCGAGAUGAUACAGUGUUUGCGUUUGGAAUUGUUAAAAUUAUUGGAAAAGAUCAGCGAUCCGUGUUUGAAUUUGCUAAAUCACGAAAAUGGUUUGAAGAUCAUUAAAACUAUUGUGCAUCUUAUAACAAACAAUAAUUAAGUGGAAACAUAUGCAUCUGUGUGUGUGUUGUAUGCUUUAGAUAAUGUGUUGUGUGUGUGUGUCGUGUCUGCGAUUAUA